AUGGGUAGACCUAGCAAACGCGCUGCUCAUAUGAGACAGCACCGUUUAAAUGAGACAAACGAAGAAAGGGAGAAACGUCUAUCUCAAAAGAGGAAAUCUACCUCAAUUGACAUUUCAAAAGAGACUUGUGAAGAGCGCAAAAAUAGGCUUUCAAUAAUGCGGGCUUACAUGAAAAAAGUUUUGUACAGGGAAAAUAUCGAAAAACGUACUCUCCGUCUCGGCCUGAUCCACGAUCGCCUAUCGAAUGAGACGGAAGAACAACGUGCCCACCGCCUCGGCGUGAUCCACAAUCGUCUAUUGAAUGAGACGCAAGAGCAACGUGCCCACCGCCUUGGCAUGAUCCACGAUCGUCUAUCAAAUGAGACGCAAGAGCAACGUGCUCACCGCCUUAGCAUGAUCCACGAUCGUCUAUCGAACGAGACGCAAGAGGAACUUGCCCACCGCCUUGUCAAGAUCCACGAUCGUCUAUCGAAUUAG